AUGUUUUUAUUUGUCUCAUAUUCUCACAUUCCCAUUCUUUCAUUCUCUCAUAUUAUUCCCAUUCUUUCAUUUCUCUCAUAUUCUCACAUUCCCAUUCUUUUCAUUCUCUUUUAUAUUCUCCACAUUCCCAUUCUUUCAUCUCUUCUCAUUUCUUUCAUUCUCAUAUUCUCACAUUCCCAUUCUUUUCAUUCUCUUAUAUUCUCACAUUCCCAUUCUUUCAUUCUCUCAUUCUCACAUUCCCAUUCUUUCUUUCAUUUAUUCUCACAUUCCCAUUCUUUCAUUCUCUCAUAUUCUCACAUUCCCAUUCUUUCAUUCUCUCAUAUUCUCACAUUCCCAUUCUUUCAUUCUCUUAUAUUCUCACAUUCCCAUUCUUUCAUUCUCUCAUAUUCUCACAUUCCCAUUCUUUCAUUCUCUCAUAUUCUCAAAUUCAUUUUUCUAUCAUCCUCUCACAUUCUCUCUUUUCUCACACUCUUAAAUUUUCUCAUUUUCUCUCGUUUUCUCACAUCUUUUCAUUUUCUCACUUUCUCUCAUUCUCUCUUUUUCUCACAUUCUCUCAUUUUCUCAUUCUCUCACAUUUUCUCUCAUUCUCUAACAUUCUCUUAUUUUUCUCAUUUCUCAUUCUCUCUCAUUUUCUCAUCCUAUCACUUUCUCUCAUUCUCUCAUUUUCUCUCAUUUUCUCUCAUUUUCUCAUUCUCUAACAUUCUCUCAUUUUCUCUCAUUUUCUCUCAUUUUCUCAUUCUCUAA